GCGAAUUAGCCUAGUGCCUAGUGCAGAGACUGGGGAAAGACAUGCAAUGGGUCAACGCAACGCAAUGAAGUAGCAGACAUCCUGUUCCAACCUGGAACAAGAACACGUUGCAUCGCGUAACAGCCGGUCCAAAUUUCAACGGUGAAUCAGUGCUCUAUAACACGUUGCAUCACUCGGAACGAUCGUAUUUGAUAUAUCGUUUGUGAGAGACGCCUUUUGUUGAUGAAAAAAUGACAGAAAAACUACCAGACUCAAUCAACUUCUCAAAAGAAGAAGAGACUAUCCUUGAACUAUGGAAGAAAUUGGAUGUAUUUCACACUUGCUUGAUGCAAUCGAAAGGAAAACCAAGGUAUUCAUUCUACGAUGGUCCACCUUUUGCCACAGGGUUACCACACUAUGGUCAUAUUCUGGCUGGUACUAUAAAAGACAUAGUGACUCGAUAUGCUCAUCAAAGAGGAUUUCAUGUAGAGCGUAGGUUUGGUUGGGACACGCAUGGACUACCUAUAGAAUUUGAAGUGGAUAAAGCCUUUGGAAUCAAGGGUCCCGAUGAUGUUGCAAAAAUGGGCAUAGCCAAUUACAACCAGGAAUGUAGGAAUAUAGUAAUGAGAUAUGCUUCGGAAUGGGAAAAAAUUGUUGGAAGAAUUGGACGGUGGAUUGAUUUCAAGAAUGAUUACAAAACUCUGUAUCCAUGGUACAUGGAAUCGAUAUGGUGGAUCUUCAAAGAAUUAUUCAAUAAAGGGCUUGUCUAUCAGGGUGUAAAGGUGAUGCCUUUCUCCACAGGAUGUAAUACCCCGUUGUCCAACUUCGAGUCUGGUCAAAACUAUAAAGAUGUUGUUGAUCCGUCAAUUGUAGUGGCUUUCCCACUGCUUGACGAACCAGGAGUCUCUAUACUGGCAUGGACAACAACUCCCUGGACACUUCCAAGCAAUAUGGCACUUUGUUGCAACCCAAACUUUGAAUAUGCUAUGGUGAAAGACUUGUCAUCUAAUAAAGUCUUCUUAAUUCUAGAGUCAAGUUUGACUCUUAUUUAUAAAACUCAAGACCAAUAUACUUUGAUAGGUAAGAGAAAAGGUACCGAUCUUAAAGGGAAAAGAUAUGAACCACCCUUUGUCUAUUUUGCUGGUCUUGGAGAAAAAGGAGCCUUUAAGGUUUUAAACGAUACAUAUGUGACUGCAGAGUCUGGUACUGGGAUCGUUCACCAGGCACCUUACUUUGGAGAGGAUGAUUAUCGCUGCUGUUUGGCUGCUGGGGUAAUAACUCGUGAUCAAUCCAUCAUUUGCCCUGUUGAUAACUGUGGGAUAUUCACAGAACCUGUUAGUGAUUUUAUAGGGCAGCAUGUUAAAACUGCAGAUAAAAGUAUCAUCAAGUAUUUGCAGACACAGGGAAAACUCAUUCAUAGUGGAACCAGCAAACAUAGUUACCCUUAUUGCUGGCGAUCAGAUACUCCGUUGAUAUACAAAGCUGUUCCAUCUUGGUUUAUCCGAGUAGAACGAUUCAAAGAUAAAUUGAUCGCUGCCAGCUCUGAGACAUAUUGGGUACCUGAUUACGUUAAGGAUAAACGAUUUGGUAAUUGGCUUCGAGAUGCUAGAGAUUGGGCAAUCAGCCGGAAUCGUUACUGGGGAAACCCAAUACCACUUUGGGUGUCUGAGGAUAAACAAGAGAUAGUUUGUGUUGGGAGUAUUGAAGAAUUGGAGCAAUUGACUGGCGCUAAAAUUGAAGAUAUUCACCGCGAAAGUAUUGAUCAUCUGAUAAUUCCAUCUAAGCGCCCUGGACAGCCACCAUUGAAAAGAGUAACCGAAGUAUUUGACUGCUGGUUUGAGUCCGGAUCGAUGCCUUAUGCUCAGAUGCAUUAUCCGUUUGAAAGAGUCAAAGUUUUUGAAGAAGGUUUUCCAGCUGAUUUUAUUGCCGAAGGUAUUGAUCAAACUCGUGGCUGGUUCUAUACAUUGUUGGUCAUUUCUACUGCCCUGUUUGGCAAACCUCCAUUUAAAAAUCUAGUUGCUAAUGGUCUAGUCCUUGCUGCUGAUGGGCAAAAAAUGUCGAAACGGAAACAAAACUAUCCAGACCCAAACAAAGUACUCAAUAAAUUUGGAGCUGAUGCUUUGAGACUAUAUUUGAUUAACUCACCAGUAGUUAGAGCAGAGAAUCUUCGAUUCAAAGAAGAAGGAGUUCGAGAUAUUAUAAAGGACGUAUUGCUACCGUGGUAUAACGCAUUCAGAUUCCUGAUGCAAAAUAUCGAGAGAUUUGAACGUGAGGAAAAAAUUCCAUUCACCUAUCAUGAAGCUAAAACAAUUUUUGAUUUAUCGGACAACAUAAUGGAUAGAUGGAUCAUCUCUUUUACUCAAUCUUUGCUACAGUUUGUCAAGGAAGAAAUGCAGGCUUACAGACUUUACACAGUUGUACCUCGCUUAAUAAAAUUUAUAGAUAAUCUCACCAACUGGUAUGUAAGAAUGAACAGGAAGCGCAUCAAAGGUGAUGGUGGCGUAACUGAUUGUAAACAUGCGCUCAACACAUUAUUCUCUAUUGUUUAUACUAUGGUGAGAAUCAAUGCACCGUUUACUCCAUUUUUGACCGAAUUUAUGUUCCAACGUCUCUCCAAAUUGAUAGUAGUAUCCAAGGGAAAUAUGGACAGUGUCCAUUACCAAAUGAUUCCUGACCCAACUGCUGAUCUGAUCAAUGAGAAGAUUGAAAGAGCUGUUUCUCGUAUGCAAACUGUGAUUGACCUUGGCAGAGUUGCUCGUGAUAGGAAAACCAUUCCUGUGAAGUACCCAUUGCCAGGAAUUAUAGUCAUACAUCGAGACCUGGAAGUACUGAAUGAAAUUAAUUCAUUGAAAAAUUAUAUUCUUGAAGAAUUAAAUGUUAGAAACUUAACUAUAACUACCGACAAGGAAAAAUAUGGUGUUACUUUAAGGGCUGAACCAGAUCAUAAAACACUUGGUGCCAGAUUGAAGGGAGAGUUCAAAUCCAUCACUUAUGCUAUAAAGCAACUUUCAGAUGAAAAGCUACAGAAAUUUGUUAUCUCAAAAAAAAUUGAAGUUCAGGGUCAUGAGUUAGGCCCAGAAGAUCUUCGACUGAUGUUUAAUUUUAUUGGCCCAGCUGCUGAAAAGCUAUCGGAACAAUAUGAAGCUCACAGCGAAGGAGAUAUUCUUAUUCUUUUGGAUAUUACCCCAGAUGAAACCAUGCAUCAUGAAGGUGUUGCAAGAGAGAUAAUUAACCGUGUCCAAAAACUGCGGAAAAAAGCACAGCUUGUACCAUCUGACGAUGCUGUUGUGUAUUAUGAGAUAAAAGACCUGGCCAGUAACUUAGCUACUGUUGCAGUUACUUAUAAGUCAUUCAUUGAAGGGGUUACUAAAACACCACAGAAAAAUAUUUCUGAAAUGACUCAUGAUGAGGAAAUCAUUAUUGAGGAGGAACAAAAAGUAAAAGGCGUGAAUCUGAAGCUCAUUCUGGCAAAAGUUAAAUCAUUGACUGAAUCUGCUGAGAAUUUGAGUCUGAAUGAUUCUAAAAUUGAACCAUUUUGCAAAUAUGUCAAUGUGAAGCUUGUUAAUUUUAGUCCAAGAUUUGGCGCAACUAAUCACUUAGCCACUAUUCUGUUACAAAAUCCUGCUGCAGGUGCUACUAUUUCCUACAACCAACUAGAUUCAGAAAUUCAAAAUAUAUUCGGUAUUUUCGGAUGCCGCUAUGAUUUAUACGCUGAUGGAAACCUGAUUACAAAAUCAACGAACAUCUUGCUGCUCCAUAAACAAACAAUAUUGAUUGUUCCAGCCGGUACUUCUCCCCCAUCAAUUGACAUAAAUUAUGAAUAUCCAGUCUGUCGUUUUUCAAAUAUUGAAUUCAAAUCCCAAAAAGGUGUUUUGCUACUUGAAAAUCCUGUUGCGAACUUCAGGUCGGAUUCUGGGGAAUCAUUGGAAACUGUACUAUUUACAGUAUUUGGCCACAUAUAUACCGGUAAACAUAAUUUACUUUACAAUGGAACAACAUUACAAGUAAGAGAAGUAUGAAUCUGUGUGUCUGCUGAUACUGAGAUCGAAGAUUUUUACAUUUUGUGAUCAUGAAUCAAACUAGUUGGAGUCUUAUUUGUUGGUGGAUGAAUAUGACCAUUAGGAUUAUGCAAUGUGCGCAAUAUUUGAUAGUUCCCAGAAUUCACCACAGAAUGUAAUAAAGUCAGUCGUCAAUCAGAAAACUCAUUUUGUGAUUGCCCAUGUCAAUUGUCAUAAGCAGUAUUUAUAUAUUCAAUAAAACUUUCACUUUCAUUAA